UCGCGCAUGCGCACACGAGUCGAACCUCAAUACAAGGUUCGACUCGUAACUCUCACGUAAUCGGCUCAGACAGUUACGUUGUUUCGCGUUUCGUUUAUGUAGUACGGGUUUCAUUCUUUGUUCGAGCUUUGUAUCAGCACAGAAUGGAGUCGAUUCUCGAAGACUACGUCAGCCCCUCGGACUUGAAGUGUUACGAGCAGCAGUACCACGAAGAGAUGAAGAAGGGCGAGGUGGCACCCAAGACACAGUUUGAGUAUGCCUGGUGCCUUGUGCGGAGCCGGUACCCAGCCGACAUCCGUCGGGGCGUCAUGCUCAUGGAAGAUUUGUUUCAUCACGGUGACACACAGGCAAGACGGGACUACUUGUUCUACCUUGCAGUGGGAACCACAAAGCUGAAGGAGUACUCCCAGGCCCUGAAGUUCAUCAAGGCAUUCCUGAGGGUGGAGCCAGCCAACAGACAAGCGCAGGACCUUGAAAGCACCAUCAAGAGCAGAAUGAAGAUGGAGGGCAUGAAGGGAAUGGCGAUAGUGGGAGGUGCUGCCCUUGCUGUUAGCGGACUCGUAGGACUCGGGAUUGCCCUGGCCAAAAGGUAAAAGCAGCAGCGAAACCAUUCCUCCAGUCACCAAACCUUUCCUUCUUUUAGCAGACUCGUCGCUUGAAUGUAACGAAAAGAAUAAACUGUGUAUUUUCUUCGUA